AAUUAUAGCUUAUAUGUAGUUGACAGUUGGUACGGACUGUCUUUCACCUUUAUCGCAGGAGUUAUUGCAUAAAUCUUCAAACUAAUGCACACAAGGUAGAGAAUCGAGUUUCGGGAAUUUAAUAUAUAAAGCAUUACAGUGAUCCAAGAUUCUCUAACACUAAUGAAAUAUUUAUAACAGAAUAUUCAAAAUGACUGUAAAAAUAACGUUACUCUGUGUUCUCUUAUUGGAAUCAAUAUCGGGGACACUGGGGUAUGACUAUAAUGUCGGUGGAAUGGUUGCCGCCUCACUUGCUGGAUUUAUAUUUCUGGUUGCCAUAGCUAUACUGCUCAUUAUAGCAGUCAUGUGGCGAGAUUGGUACAUGAAACGUCAAGCUAGAAAGGGAAGAUACAGGAUACCAAGAGUAGAAUGGCGUAUAUUCAAACAAAAGGUUAAGAGAUCAGCGUCUCCGGAAGGAACGCCGAAAUCUGGUAGGAAGAUGAACAUGCGCAUGUACAAUAUAGCACCAGGUAGUAGAGUAACAACACUAGAACGGCAAGAGCCGAUCACAGACGCCUGGAUAACACGAUUACCUCCAGUGGACCAUUACGAGGAAAAGUCCAAGACGUUGAAGUUCGAACCAGAGGAAGAACAUUUUAUAAUUGCCGAUGUGUUACCAGAGAGCACACCAAGGUCGCAGCCUACAGUAACCUACCAGCAAGACACAUCAUUUACUAAUAAUUAUACCACUAAAAAUGAUGCCACAACUACAUAUCUACGCCAGACGACUGCUCCCACAGAACGUGUAAGCUACGAACCUUAUCACGUACGUGUACAAAUGUCUCAGGCGUCCUCGAAACCUGCUCAACAACUCUCGCAGACGACACGACCUGCUCAGCAACUUACACAGACGACAUAUUCUACCCAGCAGAUGUCGCAGACGACACGACCUGCCCACGUACUAUCAAAGACUAUGCCUGCGAGGCCUGCAAGCGGACAUAACGAUAUUUUUAUACAACCUCAAAUUCCAGCUAGCAAUUCUCCUGUCAAUCAAGCCGGUGUCGUCGUGUUUGAUUCAGACGAUGAAGCUGGAAAUAUCCCGGCGCAGCCACAACGGCAAUCCGAGGACAUUGUCUUAUUUUAAGGCAUCACACCAAAGGACCCAAUGAAUGAACGGUUUCUGGCUGACAUGGCAACGAAGGAUUAUUUCUAGAUAAAGGCCUUAGUUCAACACUGCCGAAUUGUUGUUGAUGAAGACAUUUUUAUUUCUGCUUUUUGUAUCGAAAAUAUAAUGUUAAGGCUUUCCAUAAAGAAAGUUUGUUAACCUUUUAACAACAGCUUAAAAUAAUAUACAAAAUACCCUUCUUAACAAUUUAACUGUAUUUAUAUUUAUAUCACUGAAUUUAAACUUACAAAUUUGUUGAAUUACACCCCAAACGCUAUGAUAGUGGAAUCAAACCAUCGAAACCACAAAGGUAUCAUAUAGAUAAAAUGUUAUUUAAAACUUUCAAAACAUUUAAAUGACAUCUAUUUGAAAAAAGAGAACUUUGAGUAUUGGUCUAUAACAACAAUGGCUGACAAUGAACGCAAUUUUCAAAAUUGCCAUGCAGUACUAAAUCUACUACCAAUUUAAAGUAUAUCUUAUUGUAUGAUUUCACCUUUAAUAUUCUGUAAACGAUCGUACACACGAACAAAAAAUGUGCAUGUAUGAAUUCUGACAUCUGUCCCAAACUAAUUUGUUUCAUAUUAUAUGUCUUACCUUACAUUAGCGUAUACAUGUUUAUAUUUGUGCUUCAUAAAAUGUUGCUUAUUUGUUGAUUUCUAUGUUGUGUAAACAGAUACUUUAUGUUUUGCCUAAGAAAUAAAUAUAUUUUUACAUAUA